ACCCGUUCAUUCCCACUCCUCCUCACCGCUUCGUCUCCCUCCUCUGUGUCGCUCCUUUGUCUCCGUCGAUUUUUCCAACACGGUGGCGGCUCGGCGGCCGUCGUCGUAGGACAUGGAUGACCCGCGUCGUCGGGUGCGAGGCGAUCCAGCGCCGCCGUAUGGAGAUUUUGAUGGUCUGUUCAGUGUUGAGAUCCACCAUAGUGGUUUCUUUUGUGGCAGUGACAUAAGCAGAACAUACAUGGACUAUGAGGUUGAUUGGUUUGACAAUUGUCAGACUGACACUUGGUCCUUACUCUGGAUUGAUGACUUUCUUCUGCAGCUAGGCUAUGAUAGACAAGCUUCAAAGAUUGAUGUUUACUGGUGUUUACCAAGAAAGACAGUUAGUGAUGGCCUGAAGCUCUUGACCUGUGAUCCCGACAUUGUUCUUAUGAUUUGUGCAACAUUAGAGCACAAGAACCUGCUGCUGAUAGUAGACCAUGGUGAUACCCUGCAGUCAUUAAACAGAGAUGAUGUUCUGACAAAUGGAGUGAAGGAUCCACCUAAGGUUAUUACUCCAAAGAGGCAUGGAAAAGAAAAUGUCAGCUAUCCAGAGAAAGAGCAGAGUCCUAGAGAGAAAAUGUCAAGGACAGGAAGGAGAUCUAUGUCAUUUGGAGAAGGAUGUAGCUCAAGGAAUGCUAUGGAGGAGGAGAAUAUUGAGGAUGUUAACAAUAGCGAAGAAGAGGGAAAUGAUGAGGAUGCAGGGUCAGAAACAGAUGAGGAGUUCUAUGAGAGUGACUAUGAAGUUGCAGAAGGUGAUGAUGAUUUGUUUGAGGCAAAUGUAGACAAAGAUGUUGAUGAUCACAGAGAGAAGAACAUAUUGCCAGACUUUGAAGAAGAACUUCCAGAAGAUGCUUUGGAGGACAGCCACUUAAAUAUGUCGAAAGAAGAGAAAGAGAAGUUGAAGCACAAAUUCAGUACUUUCAACCCAACAACUGAUCUGAAUGCACCUGUGUUUAAGAUUGGGUUGGUGUUUGCAGAUAUGAAGGAAUUGAGGCAUGCUCUCACUGCAUACAGUGUAAGGAAUAGGGUGAAAGUGAACAAGCUCAGAAAUACUUCAGUAUCACUAGAGGCUGUAUGCAAGCCUGGUUGCACUUGGUACUUGAAGGCAGGUAAAGAUAACAGGUCAAGUAGCAUACAGAUCAAGAAGUAUGUUGACAAUCACACUUGCACAAAAGCAUGGGACCUGAGAGUUCUGACUGCUCCUUUUCUUACUAACAAGUUGAGAGAAGAAUUCAGAGACAAUGAAAAAAUGCCUCUGAAGAAAUUUUCAGAUAAGGUGGAGACAGAAUAUAAUUUGGUUCCACACAGGAGUAAGUUGGGAAGAGCUAGGAGAGCUGCAGUGAAUCAAAUAAGGGGAGUAGAUGAUGACCAAUACAAUACUUUGUGGGACUAUGGUCAGGAGCUUAGAAGGAGCAAUCCAGGAAGCCAGUUCUUCUUGUGCACUAAGGAAGUAUUUGAUGAGAAGACAAAGAAGGUACAAGAAUGAUCUAUGGUCUAUAGCAAGGUCCACUAAUGAAGCUGCAUACACCAGGAACAUGGAUCUAAUGAAAGAACACAGCUUGGGUGCCUACACCUGGGUUGAGAAAUUGGAGCCAAGAACAUGGAUCAAAGCAUUCUUUGACCCAUUUUGCAGGUGUGACAUAUUACUAAAUAAUAUGUCAGAAGUGUUCAAUAGUUCCAUUUUGGAUGCGAGGGAAAUGCCAAUUAAGUCAAUGUUGGACCAAAUUAUGUGGAAGCUAACAAACAGGAUUGUUGGUAAGCAGAGAGAGGCAGAGAAAUGGACAGGCAGAUUAUGUCCCAAGAUACAGAAGAAAUUGGACAAGUAUGUGGAGUGGGCAAAGAACUGCAGGGUGCAAGAGUAUGGGCAAGGUGUUUUCAAGGUUUUCUCUUUGAACAACACAUACAUUGUUGACCUGAACAUGCUUUCUUGUGAAUGCAAAAGGUGGGUACUAUCUGGCGUACCUUGCCAUCAUGCAAUUGCAUGUUUUAGGCAUGAGAGAAUUGAGCCAGAGAGCAUGGUCCAUUCAUGCUACACUGUUGAGGAAUAUAAGAAGUGUUAUGGAUUUAAUAUGAUGCCAAUGACGGACCCACAACAAUGGGAAAAAAUGCAUGGCAUUGCUGUUCACCCACCCCUGUACACAAAAGUAAUGGGCAGGCCUAAGAAGAACAGGAAAAAAGAUCCAGAAGAGAAGAAGGACAAGACUGGGGUGAAAAAAUUGAGCAAACAUGGUGUGACCAUGCAUUGUUCUGUUUGUGGAGCUGCUAACCAUAACAAGAAGGGCCACCACAAUCAUGUUAAUCAAACAACAACUGAGGAAACAACAAUUGAAGAAGAAUAUGACGAUCCAAGCAUAAUUGCUAACAUCAUGCCACACAGAGUCUACCCUCAACUCGAUCCAACACAAACCCCUGACUCAAUGGUUUACAAGAUGCAAGAAAUGGAGAAGUUUACAUAUCCAGCACCUAGGGAAUUUGCCCCCCUACCUGAGUCUCUAGCUUCAUUGCCAAUGCCAGAGACUCAAUUCCUAUGGUUAGAGUUACAACAGCCAUGUCAAGAGGCAGGGUGAGAAAGACUGCCAAUGAGAAAGUUGCAAGGCCAAGAAAAAAGCAGGCAAGGGAAGGCAAUAUUGCAAUGGGAAGCAAUGUUGCAACAACUGGAAGCAAUGCUCCAACAAGUGGGGCCAAUGCAAGAGGAGGUGGCAAUGCAAGAGGAGGGGCCAAUGCAAGAGGAGGGGCCAAUGCAAGAGGAGGUGGCAAUGCAAGAGGAGCAAGAGCUGCUGCUCCAAGUUUCUACAACUUGCUAUUUGGACCCGAUGGAUCCACAAUACAUGAACCGCCACUUGUCAUGCAGGGUGAGGAGGAGGUCAUUUUUAGCCAAAAUACACCAGGAGCUAGCCAGGAUCCUUAUCUCUAUGAUGAAGGUUGGCCUGAUGAUUUGCAUGACUUUUUGUCUUUGUAGUUUACAUUACAUGCAUCUUUAGGUGAAAGUCUGAUGGAGUUCAUGAAUGAACUUGUUGGUUUGGUGAUGGAGUUCAUGAAUGAACUUGUGGUCUCUAGUUCAGUAGUUAUUUAGAAGACAAUGUGAUAACAGUUAUGUCACUUUUGGUUUGGUUCGUACGACUAAGAAACUACUUAUGUUAGUGCCAAAUAUGUCAUUUCGAUUA